AUGGCUGCCAUAGUCGCUACCCCUGGUCCAGGUGCUUCCCUGCCCCCCGACAAAUUGCUUCCGAAAGGUGAUGUGGAGAAGACUGAGGAGGAGCUGGAAGAGGAUGAGCCCGAUGAGACCCUCUCGGAGAGACUCUGGGGUCUGACGGCAGAGAGGAUCUGGUCCGCAGCCGGAGCCACUUUUGAUCUCUCCCUCUUUGUGGCUCAAAAAAAUGUACAGGUUUCCAGGACAGCCUUAUGGAUCGGGACACCUUCCUUCAUGAUCCUGGUUCUUCCUGUUCUCUUUGAGACUGAGAAGUUGCAAAUGGAGCAACAGCAGCAACUGCAGCAGCGGCAGAUACUCCUAGGGCCUAAAGGGCUGUCAGGAGGAAUGCCAGGGGCUCUACCUUCACUUCCUGGAAAGAUCUAGAUUGUUACUGCUCUAUUUGACCUGUCUUGGUGGGAGAAGUUUGCAAAUUCAAUACUGUUUGAACUGAUUUUUUUCUUUUUCUUUUUUUUGGCAC